CAGGGAUUUCGCAUAAAAUUAUCAAGUGGCUAUCGCGGUCGGCUCUGCUCCUCUAAUUGGAAAAAGCACGCGUUGCAGCGCCCAGCCGCACCAACGCUUCUUCCGCUUCCCUAGCGAGCCAAGGAUCGCCUGCCAUGGCGACGCUGGAGCGGCGGGAACUCGGAAACACCGGCUUUAAGCUCAGUUGUGUCGGAUUCGGCGCCUCCCCUCUCGGCAAAGUUUUCGGCGACGUUUCCCAUGAAGACGCCCUCGCCGCCGUCCGCCUCGCUCUUCAGAGUGGCAUCAACUUCUUUGAUACCUCCCCGUUUUAUGGGGGUACCCUCUCGGAGACGGUGCUAGGUAACUGCCUCAGCGAGUUGCAGGUGCCACGCGAGGAGUUCAUUGUCUCCACCAAGUGUGGACGCUACAAGGACGGAUUCGAUUUCAGCGCGCAGAGGGUAACUAGGAGCAUCGAUGAGAGCCUUGCCAGAUUGAAGUUGGAUUACGUCGAUAUCCUCCACUGUCAUGACAUCGAAUUCGGGUCGCUUGAUCAGAUUGUCAAUGAGACAAUUCCAGCAUUGCAGAAGAUAAAAGAGUCAGGAAAGGCCAGAUUUAUUGGGAUAACUGGUCUGCCUUUAGGGAUAUUCACAUAUGUUCUUGAUCGUGUUCCACCGGGUUCAGUUGAUGUUGUUCUUUCAUAUUGUCAUUAUGGUAUUAACGAUUCAACCUUGGUUGAUUUGCUACCAUAUCUCAAAAGCAAGGGUGUUGGGGUAAUCACUGCCUCACCUCUAGCGAUGGGCCUUCUUACAGACGUCGGUCCACCGGAGUGGCAUCCUGCACCAUCAGAGCUCAAGUCUGCCUGCAAAGCUGCAGCUGCUCACUGUAAGGAGAAAGGGAAAAACAUUUCAAAGAUAGCUCUACAAUACAGUUUGAUGAAUAAAGAAAUUGCUACUGUGCUGGUUGGUAUGAAUUCUUCCAAGCAGGUCGAGGAAAAUCUCGCUGCUGCAGUAGAAUUGUCAAGCCUGGGAAUCGACGAGGAUCUUUUGCAUGAAGUGGAAGCUGUUUUACAGCCGGUUAAAAACCUGACAUGGCCGAGUGGGAUUCAACAAAAGCCAAAUCCUGCAUGAAACCUUGAAAAGCUUAUGAUGUUAAAUCACGCAUCAGUGCUGCUACUGCUGCUGGAUCUGCAGAGUGCAGCAGCAAUUCUAAUUUAUUUUGAGAGUCAAAAGCACAAUAAAAAUUAAAAUAAAAUCGUAGCAGAUAAUCUGUGAGAUGGUUGUUGCCCUGCCUGGUGGACCGCUACAAGGGAGUUCGCAAGACUUGUUUUUUAGUUGUUCUUGAUUGGGAGGACAUAUUUUUAGCCAAUAAAUCUCGGAUUUGGUUGGUAA